AUGGCUGGCUUAGGUGGUUGGAUCAUCGACCACUCUGUCGACCUGAAACCGGAUAUUACACACCACGAAGAUUUAUUUACGAGGGCCAGAGCACACGAAAUGAAUGCCCCUAGACGCGUUCUUUGCAUUGUUUUCGCUACAGGUGGCUCAAUCGAACUCAUGAGUAUUGCCCCAUUUAACGACAGAACUUCGGAUGUAUUCGACGUUGGAAGACUGUUCCCAAAUGGUGCCAUCAGCUCCCGAGUUACCUGUAUUCCAGGUACCGCGUUCAGACUCGGGAACCAUCUUAGGAUAAUCGUGUCAAAAAACGACCGGAGCGGUCCUGUUAACAAGAGUGUAGAGAAAAUAUACAACAUUCAAUGGCACGGUAACAUCGUCGUUGCCCAAUACGACGUUAACGGUAUACACCCGAUAGAUUUUAACAUCAAUCAAAUCGAAUCUGUCGUAUCUAUUUUCUCAUUUAUUAAUCCCAACAACAAUGUCAAGGUGGAUGAAAAACAUGGAAUCUAUCGAACGUAA